AUGCCACCCAAACGAAUGACAGCAAACCCGGUGAAACCGGCGCGUUAUCGCGCUGGUAAGCCCACAGGAGUAGAAUCUGACUCAGAUUCUGACGCGAGCGAAAACGAGGAGUCUAAUGAGCCAGCCCUUCCACCUCCACCGAAAGCGACCAGCGCGGGCAAAAUUUCAUCAGGCAACCUAGGAAAAGUCGACCUCAACGCUCGGAGGAAAGAAGCGGAAGCUGCCGAAGAACGGAGACUUGCCAAGGAAAAAGCCGAGCGCCUAGCUGCAGAGGAAGGUUUCGUGACAGAGGAGGAUGAAGAAAGUGAAGAGGAUGAAGACGAGGAUGAGGAGGAGGAAAGCGAAUCCGAAGAAGAGAGCAGCGAGGAUGAAGCGCCACGAAGAUUAAUGAUUCGGCCCAAAUUCGUACCAAAAAGCCAAAGAGGAAACGCCAAGACUCCCGCGCAAGAAGAGGAAGAAGCACGACAGGCCGAAGAAGAGGCCCGCAAGAAAGCCGCCGACGAGCUCGUGGAAGAGCAAAUCAAAAAGGAUCUUGCCGCUCGCGCAGCAGGCAAAAAGCACUGGGAUGACGACGAGAACGAGGACUCGGAUGUGGAUACAACAGACGGGCUAGAUCCAGAGGCUGAAGAAGCAGCUUGGCGCGUUCGCGAACUCAAACGUCUGAAGCGCGCCCGCGCUAUCAUCGAAGAGCGCGAAAAGGAGCUUGCAGAAGUUGAGCGUCGACGUAACCUGACUGAGGAGGAAAGACAAGCCGAAGACGAGGCGUUCCUGGCGCAACAGAAAGAGGAAAAGGAGGGCAAGGGCAAAAUGUCAUUCAUGCAGCGUUAUCUACACAAGGGAGCAUUCUACCAGGACGAGAUGAAAGCAGCUGGUCUGGAUAAGCGAGACAUCAUGGGCAGUCGUAUCCAGGACGACGUGCGGAACCGUGAGGCACUUCCCGAAUACCUGCAGCGUCGCGACAUGGCCAAGCUGGGCCGCAAAGGUGCAACAAAGUACAGGGACAUGCGCACCGAGGACACAGGCCGAUGGGGAGAUAUCGGCGAUGGCCGAAAGAGAGACGGCGGACGAUUCGAGGAAGAUGAGCGUUUCAGACCCGACGAUGAUAGGUUUCGCCGUGACGAACGAAGCGCAGGCGGCGCCAAUGCCAUUCCUCUAGGUGAUCGCAAGAGAGACGACCGAAAUGAAAGAGACAAUGGCCACCGAGAUCGAAGAGAUAGGGAUAGAGACUCUUAUCGGUCAAGAGAUGAUGGACAAAGUCGACGAAGAUCACGGUCACGGUCACGUUCGCCACGACGCGAAAAUGAUAGAGAUGAUUACAGGCGUCGUAAACGCAGUACGUCACACGACGACGAGCGGUAUGAGAGCGACAAAAGACGCAGAGUGGAUGCCAGAUGA